UAAACGGAGAACUAUAAUUUGCUGAUAGAUUCAUUUUGACCUGCUAAAUCUUCUAAAUCUGCUGAAUCUUUUAGAAUCUAUAACAAUGCUGGUUUUGUUGGUGAGUUUUUUGGCACUGGGUUCCACCGAGAACUUAGCGAAUCUAUUUAUAGAUCAGACAGAUUUAGCAGGACUGCCACUAACAGUUGAAAGAUUUAAGCUGUUUUCUCACAACGUGAAAAAGAUCAAAGCUCUAAACUCAGAAUCUGGCGGAAGAUGGAAAGCGGCAGUAAACAAAUUCACACUCAUGACAGCCGCGGAACGAGCAGGCUACAAAGGCCUUAAUGCGACUCACGACCGUGUAGAAACCAGCAAUCCUAGCUCCCUCCCCAAAGGGCCAGAGUCAGUAAACUGGAGGGAACAAGGUCACGUGACUCCUUCUCGAGAACAAUGGGGUUGUGGUUCAUGUUGGGCCUUCGCAGCAGUGGCAGUGAUAGAGACCCGGGCAGCUGCAGCAGGCAGCGGUAAAGAGUCUCUCAGUGACCAGGAAAUAGUGGACUGUGCCAGCCCCUACAGAGAUGGGUGUGAUGGCGGAGACAGCUUGAAGGCAUUCGAGUACGUGUACGAGAGGGAGGUAUUGAGUAAACAGGCUGACUACAAAUACAUUGGCAGAUCAAACCCUAAAUGUCUGGCUGAAGGUAAAGUUAGUGGAAUAACUAAUGUGAAGCAGAGAUAUUAUUCCUACAGGUAUGGGGCUGAUCAGAUGAUAGCAGCCCUGGCUGAUGGCCCCAUCGUCGUGGAGUUCAACGCCAUCGAACCUUUCUUCUACUACAAAACGGGGAUAUUUGACUAUCCUAAAUGUGGUCCGCAAGUAGACCACGCUAUGGCUGCUGUGGGUUAUGCUCCGGAUUAUGUACUGCUGAAGAACAGCUGGGGACCGAGCUGGGGAGAGGAAGGGUUCGCUAAAGUAGCUAGAGGUUACAACUUGUGUGGUAUGUACAAGUGGGGAUUCCAUCCCAACUUUCUACCAGACACUUCAACGCAGGAGGAGGAAUGAAAUUUUGAUCAUAUAUAGUUAGGUAGCUCAAUAGAACGGUGAAUGUUUGAC